AUGAACACGCUUCCUACUAUAGGCGAGUGCAAUCUUUGGAUACUAGAUCAAUGCCAAACGAUACUAUGCUACAUUGAAAAGGGAAACUUGGACAUCAAGGACAUUGUCCAAACAACGUUCGAAAGCACCAAAUUACUGAUCCAUGCACUGGAUAUCUCACAACAAGACAAAUGUAGACUACUGAACAAGCUUGAAAAGUAUUCUAAAUUCAAGCAAAAUCAAAGCAUGAUCAAGAUGCUGGUGAGUAGUUUACAAGACGGGCGGACGGGUAAUGUCAUCAAUGCUGAGUACUCUUUAUUCAAGGUUAUCAACAUUAAGGAAAUCUGCAACCAAGUAUCUUUACAGAAUCAGUAUUUUUUAGCAACAAGCAAAACCAACUUUUGUCGAGAAACAGAGAGAAUACUAUUCAAACAUGUCGAUUACAGCACUAUUUGGCCGGAUCAAAUAGACGAGAAAGCAUGUUGGUUUCGGAAGUACUUUGUGGGGAAGCCUUAUAUUACAUUAAUUGGGCCUACUUCAGAGGACGAGAGUGAUUUAGCCAUUGUGUCCAUUGUCAAGGAAGCGAUGACAAAGCCCAAUACACAAUACAGGAUUAUUGUUCGAACAAAGCAGGCAAGUUUGUGGGCCAAUAACCAGCAUUCUUUCCUGCUGUGUGUUGCUGAUGAAUUGGAUGCCACUGAAUUGAUACUACAACUAGACUCAUUAGGCCAAUUACACAAAUUAGAUUUAGAAUUGGAACCACAAACAAAAAGAAAUCGACCAAAAAGAAGCUUUUCCUCUGCCAUCAUUACAGGAAUGACAAAUCAAACAUUUCUGCUCAACAGCAACCACCAUCAACAGCAGCAGCAGAUCACAGCUUCAUUGAUAACAACAGCGAGAUUGAUGCGAGCCUCUUUGAUGUUUCUUUUUCAGGAUGUCAACUUCAAAUCAUUCAAGGAAAUUUCUGCCCAAGUUACCAUCAUGGCAGGGUUGGAAAAGGAAUUCCUGAGAUAUGAUGAAAUAGGGAUUCCAAAAUCAUACAAAUUCGGUGUAUUGACAGUGGGCGAGGGGCAGCAUACUGAGGAGGAAUGGUUCUCCAACACGGACAUGUCGCCUGGAUUUGACAAGUUCCUGAAUAUCAUUGGAAAACCUGUCCAGUUGAAGGAUUAUCAAGGAUACGCAGCUGGAUUAGAUACAAAGACUGGUGAAUCAGGUGAGAUAUCAUUUGCAUCUGCCUGGAGAGAUCAUGAAAUCAUGUAUCAUGUCGCUGCCUUGAUGCCACUGAGGCAACAUGACACGCAGCAAGUGCAUCGAAAGCGAUACAUUGGCAAUGAUAUUGUAUGCAUCGUAUUCAUGGAAGGCGAAAAUACACAGAGAUUCACCCCAGAGUCCAUACGAUCACAGUUUUUGCAUGUGUUUAUCGUUGUAUACGUUGAGCGGUUCCACCAGCAAGAUGCAUGGCGAGUGGAGGUACUGUACAAUAAGGAUGUCAAGUCAUUCUCACCGCCUGUGCCUAGUCCGCCUAUCUUUUAUGAUGAGGCUACAUUGCGAGAUUUUCUUUUACUGAAGCUCAUCAAUGCCGAAAAUGCAUCACUGAAAUCAUCGGACAAAUUCACUCUGCCCAACAACAAAGCACGUCUGUGUAUUCUGAAAAGCUUGGUUGAAUCAGGUUUAGAAGCUAGUCAAGUAGCACGAUCUUUUGGGGCUCAACAUGGAACAGCAUGUCGCUUGGGUUCAGGAAGCAGCGCUGAUAAAAAGCACAUGUCAGAAAGGCCAAAAUCAGCAGGAGCAGUGGCAGCGUCUACUACUACUGUCACAACAGCCGUAAGCACCGCUGCUAUUCCUGUCAUUUCAGGCAGCAACAUCAUUGAAAAGUCAGAGCAACAACAGCAGGCAAUUGUUGCUAGCGAUACAACCAGUCAUUCAAUUACUCCUGAGCUACCUCCCGUACCAUCUAUUUCAAGAUCAAAUGUGUUACGUGAACUUGUGAGCUUGACAAGGAGAAAAAGUAGCCAUAGUCAUAGCAGCAGUAAUAAUCACCAUGGACAAGCAAAGUUCUACAGCUAUCAUCAGUUACAACAGCACAGUACCAUCAGUGAGGAUAACAAUGAGAAACAAGAACCCAAUGCUUCCAUUAUCAAAACAUCCUCUUCCACCCAUGGCAUUCGACACAAGGCUCAUGCUGGGCUGUCAGGCAUAUUUGAUAAGUUUUUUUGA